AUGUUGGUUGACUCUUUAUUUGAGUAUUGUGGAGAAAAAUCCCCUGAGUCAAUCAAUUAUAUAGAAUUAAAUGUAACAGAGAUAACUCAACUUAAUAUAUGUAAUAUUCAGUUCACUAUUAUUCCUUCAGUUCGUAAUAACUCAAUACCAAACUAUGGAAUUAUUUGUCAAAUAAGCAACAGACAAUUAAAGCAAAAAACAGUUGUAAUGUUUAAUGGAGAUAUAAGAGACUUUUCUCCAGUGAUAACUCAUAUUCAAACCAAUAAAAUUCAAAUAGACGUAUUGGUGUAUGACUAUAUAAUUAAUCAAAACACCAAAACUCAAAGAAAAUGUGAGUAUCCAACUCCUGACAUUUUAUCUAGUAUUGUUAAUGGGUGUAUUUGUCCGAGUAAAUUUAUCAUUCGUUGCUAUUCAUCAAAGUAUAGAGAGAAAGAAAUUAAUGAAAUCAUAAAUUACAUCCAAAAUGAAACUCAAAUUCAAACUUUGGUUGCAUACAAUGGAACUAAUGUAACAUUAUUUUAA